CUGGCUCUGCUCUUUAUGAGAAUUCCAAGGUUGCUGCGGCCUGCCCAUUUGGGAACACCUUCCCGGCACUCGGAGUCCUUGCGAAGGAGUUCCGGGGCUCAGCUGCCUCCCGCGGACAGGAGGCCCGGCCGCACCAUGCGGGCUCUGGUCCUUGGCGGCCUGCUCUGCACGCUGCUCCUCUGCUCCUCCGUCUUCUCCGUGGAAGACCAAGCCCAGUGCCCCCUGUGUCCGCCCGCAGGAAGAAGGCACCCACGGCCGCCUGCCAAGCCCUGGAAAGGCAAGCCCUGCUGUUCCCAAGUUCCAGAUCCUGCCCUGAGGACCCAGAAAGGACACCGUGUGAGGAUCUGCAAACCAUGCAAGUUCAAGCCAGCGUCCCCCUUCUGGGUGGUGCCCGGGGCGCUCCCACAGGUUUAGUGUCCCCCAGCAAGGCUCAGUUCCUGAGGCGCCCCCGGGUCCCCCCUGGAGCUGGGACUGAGGCACAGGCCCUGGGAGCCUCUGCCCCAGCCACUGGUCUCCUUAAAGACACAGCAUCCCUGAGCCACGUUGGAUUGUUCUUGCCCUGCCUUUCAGAAAAGCAACAAUAAAGAAAGAAGAGCUUGGAA